GUCUCUGUCUUCGUGUAGGGCAAUGAGUCUUUAUGAUGUGGGGAAGAAGCCAUUUUAGCUGAAAUAAUGUGUCCCACCGCAAACAAGGCUACAGCAGAGGGGUUGAAAAUCUGUCAAAAAAUGAAAAAAAGUUGUGGGGAAAUUGAAGACAUUUUGGUAGAAUCUUUUUUGUUUGCUUGUAUUAAUGUCUGCUUUUCAUGAUGGCUAUGGAGGCACCGGGUUCAUGUCUUGGUAAAAACCAGUGAUUCUUGUCAAGAAAAUUAGAGAAAGAAAGAGCUGAAAAUAAGGGAAUGCUUUUCUUUUCUUCCCUUUUCCUGUGAUUCUCAAAGAUUGAACUUUUGCUCCAAUUUUGUAUCUGGGUUGGGGAUAAAGGUUGAAUUUUUGAUAGAUUUCACACUCUGGGUCUGGUAAAAAUUGAAUUUUUACCAUAUCUUGAGUUCCAGAGUUGAUAUUUGUGACUCAAUUGCUGGUUUCUAGCUGAACUAAAGAGAGAAGGAAGGAGCUUGAGAGAAACAAAAAUGGCAGACAAUAUAGAUGGUUCUUUGCUAUCUCCCACAGGGAACAAUAGAAAGCCCACUUCAUUUUUCAGUUCUUCAAAGUUGUUUACUAGUUUUUCUGGGAAAAAUUUUGGUGAGGCUGAGGUUAUGAUGAGCCCAACUUCUAUACUUGAUACUAAACCCUAUGGAUCUUUCAUAAACCCAUUUUGGAAUGACACAAAAUCCCCCAAAAGAGAGAGUAGAGUGAAUUGUGGGUCAAAGGGUGUAGGUCUAGGCCUAGUUGAUGCUCUGAUUGAUGAGAAAUCUGAGUCAAAACAGUUAAACUGUACAAGUAGAAUGGUUGUUUUUGGCUCACAGUUGAAGAUUCAGAUCCCAUCUGUUGUUUCUGCAGCUAGUUCAUCACCAUCAUCCCCUAGUGAUUUUGGGAUCAAGACCAGGAAUUCCCAGUGGGGUUCUUUUAUGGCCAAGAAAUCGCCAUUUGGAUCCCCGGAAUCCGGGUUGGAAAACCCGAACUCGGGUUCAGUUCAUAGCUGCCUCUCUGCUAGUGAGAUGGAGCUCUCAGAGGACUAUACUUGCGUGAUCUCGUAUGGCCCAAAUCCAAGAACCACUCAUAUAUUUGACGAUUGCAUUGUUGAGAGUUGCUUUGGUGUUGCUAGGUGUUCUGAACCGAAGAAGGGGAACGGGUUGGUUUUUACCAACCGCUCGAUGAGCUAUCCUUCUCAGAAUUUUCUUAGCUUCUGUCACACUUGCAAGAACAACCUUGGACUAGGCAAAGAUAUUUACAUGUACAGGGGGGAGAAGGCAUUCUGCAGCAUUGAUUGCAGGGACAGAGAAAUGAUGUUGGAAGAGGAAGGAAUGCAAAUUUCAGAAUUUGAAGAAGGCUAUGAUGCUUUUACUUCUUGAUAAAUAAUAAUUCUCUACUCUUAAUGCUAUGCUUUCUGUACAUAUAUAUUCUGACUUUUGAUAUUCCUUCUUUCACCUUUCUUUCUGUAUAUAUUUAUGAAUCUUUGCCAAA